UUGAUUAAUUGCCAGAGAGAGAACAGAGAUGCUCUUUGCUGGCGCACCUCUAUAUGCAUACGUGCCCACAGCUCAUUCCGCACGCACGCCUAUGCACCUUUAAUAUAUAUUCUUACCCUCAAUCCCCACUUUCUUCCCUAAAAUUCCUCAAUCUUCUUCUUCUGAGUAAAAAAAACCAAGAACCGAAAGGACUAAUGGAUCCAUGUCCGUUCGUCCGUAUUGUAAUCGGAGGUCUAGCCUUGAAGUUACCUUCUGAAUCCAAAAUACCACCCAAUAGUUCAUCUUUUGAUUGUAAAAUCAAGCUUAGAGGUUGUUCGGCGCAAUCAACGACCAUCCCAGCGUUUGUUCAAGAAAGAGAAGCGAUCGUGGAUAAUAGAAUUCAUGGUUGUUUUAAUUUUAGUAAGUCAGAGCUUGUGAAAUUCGUUGAGAAAUCGAAUGUUAGAGGAAAAUCCAGUUGUUUAAAGAUUGAGAUUUAUGGGGGUAAAGUGGGUUUUGGGUAUGGUAGUAAGAGGCUUUUGGGGAGUGUUGUGGUGCCAUUGGAUUUGAAGAGUUUGGAGAAUAUUGGACAUAGAGGAUUUGUGAUUCAGAAUGGAUGGGUUUCUGUUGGUGGUGGGUCUACUGCUCAAUUGAAUUUAAACGUGAGAGCUGAACCUGACCCGAGAUUUGUUUUUCAGUUUGAUGGAGAAGCUGAAUGUAGUCCACAAGUUUUUCAAGUUAAUGGCAACGUGAAGCAACCUGUUUUUACUUGCAAGUUCAGUUUCAGAAACUCCGGUGACCGGAAUUUGAGAUCCAGAUCGUCAUUAUCUGAAACGAGCACAUCAACAAGCUGUUUUGGUUUUUGCACAUCUGAUAAAGAGACAUCUGUAAAAGAACGAAAAGGAUGGUCAAUUACAGUUCAUGAUCUUUCCGGUUCACCUGUUGCAGCAGCGUCAAUGGUGACCCCAUUUGUCCCAUCUCAAGGUUCGGAUCGGGUCAGCAAAUCCAAUCCCGGAUCAUGGCUCAUACUCCGACCCGGUGACAAUACCUGGAAGCCAUGGGGUCGUCUCGAAGCGUGGCGAGAACGCAACGGUGAACUCGGGUACCGCUUCGAGAUCAUCCCGGACGGAGCCACCGACGCCAUCACAUUAGUCAAUUCAACAAUAAGCACCAAAAAAGGUGGCAAAAUUGGUAUAGACAUAAUCAACGGAGCUACUCCGUUGACUAGCCCCAACAGCAGCUUCGACUUAAGCUCAGGAUCCGUAUCCGGGUCGGAAUUCGGGUCGCAACCCGGUUCUGGGUCGUGGGCGCAGCUGCUGUAUCGGGGCUUUGUGAUGUCGGCGACGGUAGGAGGAGAGGGGAAAUGCAGCAAACCGGAGGUGGAAGUUGGGGUGCAGCAUGUGAGUUGUGCGGAGGAUGCUGCGGCGUUUGUGGCGUUGGCAGCUGCCAUGGAUCUCAGUAUAGAUGCUUGUCGGUCAUUUUCACAGAAACUUCGAAAAGAGUUGAGGCAGCAAGACCAAGAAUGAUACGGUUAAAAGGGUCGGGUCGGGGUUACAGUUUGGGUUGCUUCGGGUUUCAGUUUAAGUUUUGCUAAUUAACCAACUGACAGCAGUUUUUAGCUGGAUUUUCUUUUUUUUUUAAAAUUAUUUAUUGCCUUUUUUUUCGAGUGUACAGUGAUAAGACAGCUGUUUAUUUUGAAUUUCUUUUUUUUUCUCCUUCCUUUUGGAAUGUAUUUAUUGAUUGAUUAAUUUGGAAUAAUAUAAUGAUCAUGAACUUUUCGUUA